GUGACCCCAAGUGGGAGGCCCAGAGCUAGUCAUCAAGAUGGGUGAAAUAGAACAGAUGAAGCAGGAGACUGAGCAGCUGAAGAAGCAGAUUGAGGACGCUCGAAAAGCUUGUGCGGACACUACACUUGCCCAGCUCGUCUCUGGGAUUGAAGUGGUGGGACGUAUCCAGAUGCGUACACGGAGAACCCUGCGUGGGCACCUGGCCAAGAUCUAUGCUUGUCACUGGUCCACAGAUUCCAAGCUUAUGGUCAGUGCCUCACAAGAUGGGAAGCUCAUUGUGUGGGACACAUACACAACCAACAAGGUUCAUGCCAUCCCGCUCCGCUCCUCCUGGGUCAUGACCUGUGCCUAUGCCCCAUCGGGGAAUUUUGUGGCCUGUGGAGGGCUUGACAACAUGUGCUCCAUCUACAACCUCAAGAGUCGUGAAGGGAAUGUGAAAGUGAGCCGGGAACUCUCAGCCCAUACAGGCUAUCUCUCCUGCUGUCGAUUCCUUGACGACAAUAACAUUGUGACCAGUUCUGGGGACACGACAUGUGCCCUCUGGGACAUUGAGACAGGACAGCAGAAGACGGUGUUUGUCGGUCACACUGGAGACUGCAUGAGCUUGGCUGUUUCACCAGACUUCAAGCUUUUCAUCUCUGGAGCCUGUGAUGCCACUGCUAAGCUGUGGGAUGUCCGAGAGGGAUCUUGCCGCCAGACAUUCUCAGGACACGAGUCUGAUAUCAAUGCCAUCUCGUUCUUCCCCAAUGGCGAGGCCAUCUGCACUGGCUCUGAUGAUGCCACCUGCCGGCUCUUUGACCUCCGGGCAGACCAGGAGCUCAUUGUCUACUCUCACGAAAGCAUCAUCUGUGGAAUUACCUCAGUCGCAUUCUCCCGCAGUGGGCGCCUCCUUUUGGCUGGAUACGAUGACUUCAACUGCAACAUCUGGGAUUCGCUAAAAGCAGAGCGUGUGGGAAUCCUGUCUGGUCAUGACAACAGGGUGAGCUGCUUGGGAGUAACUGCAGACGGCAUGGCCGUUUCCACUGGUUCCUGGGACAGCUUCCUGAAAAUCUGGAACUGAAGAUGAACUGCAGAGAAGGGAAAUUGUGGGGAGCCCACCCCAGCCCUGUCAUUUACUGAG